AUGGGAGCUCCAGCGGGCGGUCCGCCGCCGGAUGCGAGCAAGCGCAAGCUUGGGCUCAUAAUUGCGUGGGUGGGCAUGCUUGGCUCAACGCCAGACGCGAUGCUGCUCCGGUUUCAAGCACAGGCGGGUGGGGUGCCAGCCUCCAUAUCCUUCUUCCGCUUCAUCAUGACUGCAACCCUAAAUUUCGUCUUUGCCGCCGCCAACUCUGGCGGGAUCGGCCCGCUCUGUGCUGGCGUGGCGCGAUCGUAUAAGGCGAUCCUCGUCGCCGCGAUGAUUGCGAUGGUGUCCAGCCAAGGCUUUGUGUACUCGCUGCUGCUGGUCGAGCCCGCCAUGGCGCUUCUCAUAAUCUCGCUCAACCCCGUGUGGGCGGCGCUGCUGGGCAAGUUCGUGCUCGGAGAGGAACUUCCGGGCAAGACCAUCAUCACCAUCGUCUGCGCCCUAGUCAGCAUGGUGGUGGUGAUGAUACCUCAACUCCUUGUGAUGCUCGGCUACGGUGGCGAGGCCGAAGAAGCCGCUGCGGACACCAAGGGCAGCAACCUGCUCCUGCUAUGGCCUCUCUUUACAGGCAUGUUUAUGGCCCUCUUCAUCACGUGGGCACGUUACCUCGGCAAGGUGUCGCCCGAGACGGACCUGACGGCGACGGGCACGCUCUCUGGCGCGAUCACGAGCUGUAUUUCGUACAAGGUUGCGUACGACCAGGGGAUCACUGACCCCUUCGAGGGGAUCCAGCCUAUCUUUUGGCUAUGGGUGCUGCUCUGCGGACUCGGAAUUACCAUGUACAACCUCGCGCUCGUCAUCGCGCCGCGGUACAUCUCUGGCGCAGACACGGCGCUCAUCAUGCUGCUCGAGACGGUAUUCGCACCCGUGUGGGUCUUCUUUGCCUUUGGCGAAGUCCCCUCGCCGUGGACAAUAUUGGGGGGCGUCAUCCUGCUCGGCGCGCUGGCCUUCCACGAACUCGCCGGGACGGAGGCUGGGUCGGGGGAAGAGGGCGCGCCCCUCGCCCCCAGGAUAACGGGCCGCCAGUCCAUAGCCAUCUCGGUCGGCAGCGGCCCCAAGAAGGGGUCGGGCUUCGACUCCGACGACUACGUCCGCAUGAGCGGCAAGGCAGGCUACCCGUAG